GAGCCGCAGAGGGAAUUUGUGUCAUCCGCCAUCGUCUCCGCGGAGGCUCUCCUCGGUAUCAUCGGUCAGAUUUUGGAUUUUGCCAAGCUGGAGAGUACCAGCGGGAUGCAUCAGGAGCUCGUGAUCGAGUCGUUCGACAUCAACGAGAUGGUCAACGAGCUCGUAGACAUCGUCGGCCACCAGGCGAACAAGAAUCAAGUCGAGCUCGUCCUCGACGUCGCGCCCGAGCUCGACGGUCUCAACGUGAGGGGCGACAAGUUCCGGCUUCGCCAGGCGCUCAUCAACGUCAUCAACAACAGCAUCAAGUUCACGCGCGAGGGCGGCGAGGUGAUCGAGAACGAUUUCCUGGCGCCGCACGCGCCGAGGGUCGUCGUCGCGUUCGAGGUUUGCGACAACGGCAUCGGCAUCGCUCGAGAUAAGCUCAAGCUCAUAUUCAUGCCCUUCGGCCAAGCCUCCGUCUCUUCGACGCGAGAGUACGGCGGUACCGGUUUGGGCCUGGCCAUCACCAACAACAUCGUCCAGUCGGUGGGCGGCACGAUAACCUGCUCGUCCGAGCUCGAAAAGGGCACGACGAUGGUGCUCAGCGUCCCCCUC